AUGGUCAAAAUUUUAAUAAAGAGUUUGUUGUUGUUGGUAGUGAUCGUUGUUACUAAUGCUGACAUAGAGGAGGAUAGCGAGGAUGUCGUCGAGGCGAACAGCAUCGCCAUCAGUAGCGACGUCGAUACCGACAGCGGUAACAAUCGCCGCAGCGGCGACCCCGACAGCACCCCCAGCAGCGCCAGCAUUGCCGACAAUAGCACGGUGCAGGGGAACGGCAGCGUCGGCGGCGCGGGGCACGGGUUCUACCGCACGAUGGGGCCGCGCGGGCGCUGGGUGGACACGCGGCGCGUGUUCGGCGGCAUGGCGGCGCGCGUCGAGGACUUCCCGCAGGUCUGCGCGCUGCUGGACCGCUUCAUGGGCGCGCGCUGCUCCGGCUCGCUGCUGACGCCGCACUGGGCGCUCACGGCCGCCCACUGCAUCUCCCCGAACCUGGCCUACGUCAAGUACAACACGCGCCAUCCGUUGCGAACGCACGACGGCAUCACCGUCCCUGUGCGGUACCUCUACAAACAUCCCGAUUACAAGGUAGUGCAGCAGGACGUGGGGCGCGGGCUGGACGUGACGGAGCUGCACCACGACAUGGGGCUGGUGCGCACGCGCGCGCCCAUGACGCUGACGCUUCGCUCGCAGACGCCGCCGCUGCAGGCCAUACUCGCCUUCAACGCGCAGGACCUGAAGGAUGAAGAUGUGCAGGUGUUGGGGUACGGGCGCACGGAGUCGACCUCGUUGGGCGAGGAGCUGCUGAGCGUGCGGCUGCGGCUGGUGGACUGCGAGCGCGGCGCGUGGCGGCACUGCGUGUGCGGCGUGUCGCGCGGCGGCGCCCGCGGCGUGUGCUCCGGGGACUCGGGCGGGCCCGUCGUCUACCGCGGCAUGCAGGUGGGCGUGACGUCGAUGGGCCCGCUGGAGUGCUCGAGCGAGAACGCGAGCUGGCCGGCGCGCGCCACCAGCGUGUUCACGGCGCUGUUCCCGUACGCCGACAUCAUCAACCGCACCAUCCUCGAGGCGGAGCAGAGCAUGCCGCAGGUGGAGGUGCACUCCUCCCGGGCAGCUCCGCUCUGUACACCGUCCGCGGUUAUUAUAACUGUCGCAAAACUUCUGCGUUUCAUUAUAUGA